AUGGGUGACAGAGUGAAAGCGUUAAGAAGAGAAAACGAUGACUUAAAGAGACAACUGAAUGAGCUGAAGAAGGAAUUUCAGUCUAUCAAGUCCAAGAUGGCGGAACAGAAGGAUUGCCACGAAGCGGCAGCUACCGCUGUACCGAACACACAGGAUGUCCAAUUCCUCAGCGACAGCUACGAUGCCCUUGUUAAGUCAGAGUCGAGCUUGUCAAGAGCACUGGAAAUUUUUCUCGUAGGUUGGAUUUAUUGACAGUUAACGUUGACAGAAUUGACAAAGCUAUCUACUACAGUUACCAAUAUAACUUGAAGAUCCUGGGCGUUCCACUCAUCUCGGAAAGCGAAUCUGAAACAAGACACCGCGGAGUUGUGUGUGAAGCUAUUUUCUGGCCUUGGAGUCGAUGUCUCCAUAUCAGAGAUCGACAUUGCCCACAGGGUUCCACAGCGAGAUACUUCAACCGGUAAUGGCAACCGAAGACAACCGAACCCGAUAAGUUUCAAAUGCACUAGAAAGAUGACACGAGACACAGUGCUGGCGUCAAGAGGUAACGCCAGUCGACUAACUACCAAGGACCUGGAUCUCCCGUCCACUGCUGAAAUUAAUCGGAUUGCAAUUUACAGCCACCUCACGCCGAGACUACUAGAGCUGUUACAUUCAGCGAAGGCGCACCAAAACACAUACAACUACAAAUGGUGCUGGGCAAAAGGCGCAGCAAUCUUCCUAGGCAAAACGGAUUCUUCUAUGACGAUCCGUCUGAGGUCGAUUGACAACUUAACUAAGUUAAGAAUGCGUGAACGCCCUGAAGCUUGAUCGGAGAAUCCUUGCAGCUAAGUUAAAACUACUAUUAUGUUUUAUCACAAAAAUCAUACAAAAUAUAUCCGAAAUAUUACUAUGAAAAGCUCAGGCAGGAACAAAACUACAAUGAAAUCCAUUCUAACACAAUGGUUUGUGUAGACCUUGCUCAAGCUUGCCGCGAGCGAUAUUUCCUUCAUCAUGUCACCCAGUUUAUUCACUCCAAUCGGUGAAUUUUCAAACCAUAUUUCGUCGCUAGGGAGAAAAUCAGUAGUUUGAUUAGGAUUGAGGAUUUUUUGAAAUAUUUUACAGGACAAUUUGACAUUCCAGUGCUGAACAUUUUUGGAUCACUUUCGAAGGCUUUUUCCCUUCCACGGCGACCGUGUUGAACCAGUUCACGCGAAGUAAACUUAUGAUUUUGUACGAUUUGGCAUGGACAAGUGCGCUGAAAUUCAAUUCUUGAUAGAAUUUCUUUAACCUCUCAGAGAGAACUUCUGGUGAAAGACUUUCCAAAACCUCACUUGCCAGUUUUAAUAAUUCAGUAUCGACCACAUUUAAAACUAAAAGGAAUUAAAGACAAGUGUUUGAAUUAACCCGGCUAUUACACCACGAUAAUGACGUAAUUACUCCCCUAACAGAAUAACUAGUCGAUAUUUCUCCCCCCAUAGUUUUAAGGAAAUGAAAACGAAGUUUUCAAAAGAUGAGACUAUCUCUAGCUUUUCUGUUUUUCAUAACAACGUAGUCAGCCUUAAUCGGAACCUGGAGAAUCUUCAAACGCAACUUUUGCAUGAAGUAGAUUUUCAUUUUAAUGUUAUCGGAGUUACUGAAACAAAAAUCAUCAAUGCUAAUUUACAAAUGUGCACAGCACAUAUACCUGGCUACGUAUUUGAAUAUGUUCCAACAUCUCUGGCGUCUGGGGGAGUAGGAAUGUUUAUUGAUGAAUCGCUUGAUUAUCGUAUUUUAGAAAAGACCUCUAAUGAAGCUUUUCAUGUAUUGUGGACUGAGUUCUCCUUUGUGAAUAAGAAAAAUGUUAUUUGUGGAAUAUUUUAUAGACAGCAUAACUCACCUGAAAUCUUUCAAUCAUAGUUUGAUGAGACUAUUGAAAAACUUGCGUCCUCUGGGAAACACAUUGUAAUCAUGGGUGACUUCAACAUUGACCUUCUAAAAUGCGCAUCAUCUUCGUAUAGUCACGACUUUUUGUCAUCCCUUCAAAGUUGUUUUCUCUUUCCUUCAAUCGACAAACCAACACGUGUUCGCUCUACCUCCGCCACCCUAGUUGACAACAUCUUUAUUAAUAAUCCUGAUCAAGUUGUGGCUUGUGGAAAUAUAAUCUCUGAUAUAAGUGAUCAUUUUUCGCAAUUCUGUAUUUUGAAAUCUAUAAGGGAUAAAAUUAAGACAAAAAAGUCGAAAGUGCGGGACUUUUCUAGAUUCUCUAGGGACAGUUUUAACGCUGAUCUCUCUAAUGUGGACUGGAAUGCACUCUUAAAUAAAAAACCGUGUGAUGCGGACAAUGUAUUUUCUUCUUUUUAUAACAAGUUUAACAAAUUAAUAAAUAAACAUGCACCUAUGAAAACAAUUUCAAACCGCAAAGCAAAACAACUCUGUAAACCAUGGAUUACCAAAGGUAUAAGAAUCUCCAUUAAAGUUAAAAAUAAGUUAUAUGCAUCUGGUGACACCGCCAAUUAUAAAAUCUAUAGAAACAAAAUUUGUACCUCAACGCGUUUAAGUAAACAGCAAUAAUAUUCUAAAUUUUUUAAUGAUAACUUAACUAAUAUGCAAAAAACGUGGGAGGGAAUAAACAAUGUACUUGCACGUAAAUUGAAGAACACAAAACCUAUUACUUUUAUUAAGGACCCUACUGACAAUGAUUCUGUCACCAGUGACCCAAGUAGAAUAGCCAACGUUCUUAAUGACCAUUUCGCUUCUGUUGGACCUAAACUGGCAAAUAAGUUACCAACCGUUCAGCGUAAAUAUUUUGAUUUUUUUGAACAGAUCUAACUCUCCUGACUCUUCGUUUGCUUUCAACCUAGUUACCCCAGCUGAAGUGGAAUCGGAAAUUUUGCGCAUACCAAUUAACAAAUCUCAUGGUUUAUAUUCAUGUCCUAAUCAACUGUUGAAGUACUCGUCAAAUGUUAUCAGCAGUACACUCGCGGAAAUAAUUAAAUCUUUCUAUUUCGACUGGGAUGUAUCCUACUAAACUAAAAAUGGCAAAAAUUACUCCUAUCUUUAAAGCUGAAGAUGACUCUAACGCAAACAACUAUAGGCCUAUUUCUUUGCUGUCUAACUUUAAUAGGAUCUUCGAAAAAUCGGUCUUCUCUAGAAUGGAAUCUUUCAUCGAGCAAAAUGACAUACUUUCUCCAUCUCAAUAUGGCGUCCGCAAAGCGCACUCAACUCAGCAUGCAAUUCUUGACAUUGUAAGUACCAUUCAGGAAAACAUGGGCAAGCGCUUGUUCUCAUGUGGUAUAUUUAUUGACCUGAAAAAGGCUUUUGAUACAGUCGAUCAUAAAAUUCUUUUGCACAAGUUAGAUCACUAUGGUUUUCUUGGUGUUAUAAAUAAGUGGUCCUCGUCUUACUUAAAAGGUCGAACUCAAACGACGCAAAUUGGUUCCUUUAUAUCUAACAGAAAAAAAUACUACUUGCGGUGUGCCGCAAGGCUCAGUCCUAGGCCCAUUACUCUUCCUAAACUAUGUCAACGACAUCCAAGAAUCCUCUGACAAACUUAAAUUUUUUUUUAUUUGCUAAUGACACGAAUGCCGUAUAUGCUGACAAAAAUCUCAAGUCCCUUGAGUCGACUGUAAAUCAAGAACUCUGCAAGUUGUUCGAUUGGUUAACGGCAAAUAAACUAACUUUGAAUAUUAAAAAAACAAAUUUUGUCAUUUUUAGACCGGCUCAGAGAAAACUUACCUAUCACCCUAAAAUAAUGAUAUUCGACAAUGAUCAAAAUAAGAAUGUGACUCUAGAAUGUAAAGAAUUUGUGAGAUAUCUAGGGAUAAUAAUCAUAUUGUCAUCAUAUUGACCACGUAGCUAUUAGAAUGAGCCGACCUGUAGGAUUGAUCUGUAAACUACGGCAUUUUCUGCCAAGACAUACACUUAUAACUAUUUAUCGAUCCCUUGUUGCUCCUUAUUUAACUUAUGGUUUGACGGCCUGGGGCCAAGCAUAUAAAUCGCACCUUGAAAAGCUUCUCAAGCUUCAAAAGCGAGCUCUUCGCUUUAUCUAUUUUUCUGAGCGAAAUCAGCAUGCAAUUCCUUUAUUUAUUGACGCCGGUGUUUUACCGUUAAAAUUUUUGUAUUAUGAGCAUUUAGCUAACCUCAUGAUUGAAAUGACUCAAUAAUGCUCCUGGAAACAUUCAAGAUCUCUUUUUAAGAUAUUUCUGAUAAUCAUUCUUAUAAUACUCGAUCCUCUGCCUCUAAUAACUUUUACACACAAAGUUCCAGACUGUCAAUUCAAGUGAAUUCAUUUUCUAGAAUCGGAACAAGAAUAUGGAAUGAAAUGCCUGUAUCUUUAAGAAAACUUUCAAAAAAUGCCUUUAAGAGGAAAAUAGAACAAACACUUUUUGAGAUCCUAGCUUCAGAAGACUGUUAUAUUGAUCUCCCACAAAUCGUUCAAAAAGUUAAGCUGAAUUUACUUUCCUCUUAGUUGAUAUGUAAUCAUUAAUAUCGUUUAGUUUAUAAGUAGCCUCUUGUCAUAACUGUUGUCAUUUAUUAUUCGUAAUACCAUUAGUUUAUCAGUAGUCUCUAGUCAUUGUUGUCAAUUUUAGUUUCUUUAGUUCUCUUGUUACUUUUAGCUGUAUUUAGUUUAUUUUCUGUAAACAUGACCCGCCUAGAUUAGCUUAGCUACCCGCGGGCAUGUUAUUGUACUCUUCCUUCAAAACACAAUAAAAUAAAAUGUAUGUAAAAAAUGUAAUGUCAGAACUUUUUUUGUUUAAUUUCUGUGGAUCGCUUCGUAGGCAGAUUUGCCCUUGAAUCAAUUGAUCACUUUUGUGAAAUGUAUAGACAAUGUUUUUAUUGUAGAUUCCGUAUCUUCACUAUAACUUCGUAUUUGGCGAGGGGGGAGGGCGGUCAAUGAUUUCCCUAGACAUUACUGAAUCUGAACGAGAAAUGAGACAAUCCUGCAGUAUGCUGCCUUCUCCCCCCUCCCCCGGUGAAAUAGAGGCCGUGGAUUUAAAGAACUGGUAGCUACGUUAAAUCAAAACAAAACAAACAAAAUUCAAUUUAUCUGCUUUGCAAGUCACGACAUCGAGUGGUCAGAACAAUUUCUGUGGAUAUAGAUGUUUCAGACACAAGUUGUGUAGGGAAAGUACGCCGUCUAUAAAUGUGUAUAAUCACAUUAUGGCUCUUGGUAUAAUCCGAUCGUUCUUUCACAGUUCUCGUCCCCUUAAUUCCUUAGUCCUUGCAGCUUUUUAUGACGUCGCACUCCGAAUUUGUGAAGUCAAAAUGAUGAUCAAGAAACUCCUCAAAAUUUCCAUAGUAUUCCCAUGCUAUGCAGAGUAAUUUUGCUUCAGAGGAUUCCCAUCCACGACAAACGGUCUUACUUGUGUCGUGAAGUAUUUUGAAAGUUACUUUUAAGGUCUAUCUCAUCCUUUAAGUUUCGUUCGGCAUUGCGUGGGUCAAAGUUAGUUUGGAUUUUGUCGGCGUAGGCAUUUUCCUGUUUUGAUCUUUUGCUUUUACUCGUACUUGAUUUUUUGCGUAUAUAUAUUCUUUGCUUGCCAUUAACAGAAGGUAGUUUUUUCACAGGUGGUCGUGUUUGUGAUUCUACAAUAGAGCUGAGCUUGGCUCAUUGGUCCUUCUUGUCAUGCUUGUGUCUUGUUAGAGCUGUAGACGUCAAGAAGUGUAAAAACCCAAAAGUAAGAGGAAGACUCUCGCCAUGAGGGCGAAAGGAAUAAGUGUUUUUAACUUUUAGUAAAAUCAAACCAGUUGGUCAAAAACAUCGAGACAAAACAACUUUAGCUAGCAAAACGCGAUUCAGCCUCCAUUGUUUGGGUUUUCAAAGCCGGCACUUUUCGCUACUAGUGGGCUAUAACAUAUACCCUAGUAGUAGCUCAACAAAUCAAACGGCUAUUGAUAAUAGACCACUAGUUGGAUUUGACUAAAAAGAUUUAACCAGGGCUCAGUAAAAGGGCAGCUCUUGUUAAUAUUUUUAUAGUCUACUUAAACAACAAAUAAAAAUCGUGUGAUGUUAAACGGCGACGGCACAGAGAACGGUAAAAAAAAAAAAAAAAAACAGUGGGACCCAAUGGCUUUUAAAAAUUAGCAAAAAAAAAAAACAGCACCACCGCAUGGAACACAGUUUGUUAUUACACUUGAAAAUCACACAUUGUGCGUGCAACCCACGGAUUGGGCAGCAAAGUUUAUCUAUAACACUUGAAUUAAAAUUGUCGUUCACCACUGAAGAAGCAACAGGCAGCGAGCAAUUACAGGGAAAACCUUGUGGUUUGGGUUGGGCGCAACAAAAACCAAGAGGAGGAGGUGCUAGGUUUUCUGAAAAUGUAAAAAGCUACCUCACAGCAAACUUUGACUUUGGUGAGGACACAGGUAGAAAAGCCGAUCCUACCCAGGUGGGUGAGACAUGCGGGUCGCAAGAAACACUGAUGGAGAACGUAAGUUUCAAAGGAGUGAAUGGUUGUCGAAGAGCCGACUGCAAGGGUUUUUUUCACGGCUUACAGCCAGCAAAAGGCGGAUGAACAAACAAGAAUUGGAGGCUGACGACGAUCAUGAUGACAGCCUUGAUAAAGAUGAAGUGGCAUACCUUGCCGAAAAGAAAAGACACGGAAGUAGAGGAGGUUGUCAGCAAAAUUGGACUUGUUCAUCCUAUAACACAUGAUGGCUGUGACAUGUGCGAGCGCGCAAAAUUGGAUGCGCGCUCUAACUUAACCGUACCUAAACUUGAGCCAUCUGUGUGAACCUAGACCGUCCUUUUAAGGCUAAGGACGUUAUGACCACUUUAAUUAACAAAUUAAAGGAAGCUGUCAAGAAAUGUGAAGGCCACAAGUAGGAAAUUGGCGACAUGACUGAACACUGGAAUUGUACAAAGUCUUUGUUAUGUAGUCGAUUGUGUCCUAAAAAACAUUAUGCUACCCGAGAAUAGUCGAGCCGUGUUUGUAGCAUUUGUAUUUAUUUAUUUGCCACACGAUUACAAUAAUUACAAAAAGAUGCCAAAAAAAUGUAGGAAGAAAUGGCGAGGAGGCCUAAAGGACACUAUAGAGCUUAUGUUAAUUAGGCCUCCUCAAUUACAACUUUUCGAAGAUGGCAUAACAAUUACGGCGACGGAUACAAAAUAAUAUCAGGUGGAAAAUUAAGCUAAUCAAUAUUACAGAAGUUUACAAAUGUUGAAUAUUAAAAGGCAAGAUUUUUGUUGCAGUAUACUAAUCAUUAUUACAAAUAAAUUCCUUAAGUGCUCUUUUAAAGGAAAAAGGUGAGGAAGCUUUAAUGAUGUUGGUGUUUAAGGUAUUGUAAAAUUUAGGUCCUUGAUAAAAAACGGAAAAUUGUUUGGUUCGAGUACGACAGAAAGGCAGACGAUAUUUACGCGAGUUUCUUGUAUUAUACGAAUGAAUUUGACUUUGUAAGGUAAAUUUACAAUGAAAUUUUACAGGUAGAGUAUGGUUUUGGUAGGAGUACAUGAAUAAGUCUAGUUGUAUUAAGUAUAUAUCAUGAAAUUUUAAGAUACCAAGAUUUUGAAAGAUUGGAUCAGUAUGUGCAUCGAAAGUGGUUUUAGCUAUAGUUCUGAUCACUCGUUUCUGUAAAAUCUCAAGACGAAUAAGGUUAGUUCUGUAAGUAGAGGCCCAAACUAAGUUGCAAGGUUUUCGCAGAUAAAUAGAAACUGGAUUUACGAAUAAUUCCUGUGCAUUCAGAAACUUUAUUGACGACAUGUAAGUUGCGUUGCAUUCCUGAGCAAAAAAUGAACAUAUUUGCCUGACGAAAUUUGUACUGUUAGCUAUACAGAACAUUAUUUUUAGAGCGACAUGUCAUUCUAUUCUUCAAGGUUGUUGUCUAUAUAGACUAGAGUUGAACUCACAUAUUGCACAAUUAUGAUUAGUAACCUGGCUGGGUGGGGUAAAAGGUUGGAUGGGUUUUUAAUGGUCUUUUAUAUAUCCCUAGAAUAUACCACUGAAAAAGUCAGAGUGUUCAUUGAGACAAACAUGUAUGGAUAAACCUAAAAGUGCAGCUACACAGAUUGUUACAGGACUUUACAGUUUAUAUGUAGAGUACUUCAACGUGACAUCUUUUAGCCUGCUGAUAUAAACGAUACCAUGCCGUCAAAAAUGGCUUAACCUACAACCUUCCAGGGGUUAAAACGCAUUCUGCACAUUUCAAAGAGAAAAAACGCACUGAGUUAGGCUCUAUUUCCUUUGCAAGAAGAGUAUUUAAUUAGUUGAUCACAGAGAUUUUGGCGUUUUCGGCCCAGGGGAAGAGGUGCUUGGGUUAAUUUUUGUUGGGUAUACCUUAUCAAUCCUUUAGAUAGGUCCGUGACCAAUUUUUUAAAAUGAAUGAAGAACACUUUUUUUUUCUAUCCGUAAAUAUGAAGAACUGUCUUACCUUGCAAAAAUCCGAAAAUGUGCGACCCCAUUUUAGUAACUCCAUUUAAAAUGCGACGCCCAUUAUAGGCAAUCCAGUCGUGAAAAUGGGACCCCGUCCAGCGGCACAUCCCAAUUAGCCUUAUAAGGAAGUGUCCACCCUCCAACGGGGGUUUUCAGUAACACCACAGGUUACGAAGCGACGUGACCAUAACAUUACGUGACAAUCACGCUAUGAUUAGAUUGUGAUAAUAACGUAUAACGUAAGGCUAGCUGGUAAGGCGUCAGUAAAUUUAAUUCAACUGCUGGCUGGCUGAAUAAAUUUCUUUCAUUAAGAACCUAAAAUAAAGGUAAGCUUCUCAUUUGCCGACAAAAGAUAAAGCAGUGUAUACUGGCUUUGUUUCAAAUAAUAGUUGGCAGUCUGAUUAUUACAAUUGUUUGCACCGCGGUGAGUUUCACAUGAAAUGGUGGAAAGAACUAAAAAAUCUACAUUGCUUUUCUUGUAUAUGAUUUGCGUCCGUGGUUUGUCAUCUCUAUUCUCAUUAUCGAUAAAGCUUAAAUCAGCUUCUGAUUUAGACACAGUAGAGUGGACCAACUAUGGUUCAAAUAUGUAACGCCCGCCAGUUGAUCGUGGUGAUCGUUACAUUGAUAGGCAUGACGAUCCCUGUUAAUAAUCUCUUUCGGUUUAAAAGCGCUUAAAGAAGUUCAUUAUCUGACUUUUAGAUGCUGCAGACGAAUUUAACUGUCAAAAACGGCAAUUUCGUGGAACUUUAAACCUCUACAAUCGUGACAUCCAACACGGCCGUUAAUUAUGCAAAUACGCACCAUGUCAAAUUACAAUCUCUUGUCGUCUGCAAUCCCAAAAGAUACCCACAAGUCUGAGCCUAUAAACGAAUAAAAUAGGUUAAAACUUUACUUUUAUGUGUUUUUUAUCCUUGAUUUAGGCCGCAACUUUUGAGAUUUUUUUUCCCUCAAACCUUCCUUACUCUCAGGGAUUGAAUUAAGCCAGCAGAAUAGGUAGUCUUUGAACUACUGUACCUCGUAACUUAUUUUGUCAAAGAUGUUUACAUUUAGCCUGUGAACUAUUUGAGGUCAGCUGUAUUUAACAGAUUUUUUUUGUGCAGGCAUUCGUUUGUUUGCAGCGCGCCACUCAAACUACACCAAUUUGGUCUUUCGAUUAUCCUCUGAGAGGCCGAGAAGGACUCAAUUUGUUUUUUGGCUUGUAGCAGCGGUAAGUAAAAGAAUUUGAAAACAAAAAUAGCGAUUUUAGAACAUACCUACCAAAGUCUCUUCACCAUCGAAAAAUGAAGGAAAAGUAUAUUUGGUCGCGAAGUCGAGUGGACCGCUUUUAGGGAGACUGCCUCUCAAGCUUCAAACUGGGGGACAUUAACCGCAUGUUGAAAAUCGACUUUAUUACAAACUGAGAUAACGUUUACCCGAGCAAACAUGUAACACGUCAAUAGUAACAUUAUUAAUCCAAGUAGGGAUGAAUACAAAAAACCUACGCAAUUAAUUAAAAGAAAAGCAUUAAUUGACAUAAGUGCAGCAAUCACAUAAAAAUAAGUUAUGUUGUCCAUAUAAAUGCUGAUCAGGUCAAAUAUAAAACGUAUGUGCAAGAGCAAAUGAAUGAUUCUUUCCUUCUCCUCGUCAUAAUUGUAAAGAACAGUUACCGAUCCUGCGACUGAACGCUUUCGGGGAAACGAUGAAUCUCCAUCAGUCGCGGCUGAAACCUGCUCCUUUGAAGAAGGGGGGAUUGUCAGUUUCGCAGUUGGGGGUUAACUCGCUUCUGGAACCUGUGCUCAGGUGACCUGCAGAAUUCCUAAAAAGGUUUCCACUAGGUCCUGUGUUUGGUUGACAAGCACUACUUGCUAUGGCGGUUGCCGAGGAAAUAAGACAUGCUGUAGAAUUGCGUGUUUCCCUUGCAGCUCUAACCCUUUGUAUCAGUUGUGUUGCUUGGAAGUUAGAAGCCAUUAACAACUUUCGUCGGUGUCAUGUUCGUUCAAUUUUAAAAGUGGUGGGAAGAAUAAGUGUAACACAAUUGACCAGUAUUUGCCAAGUUUGCAGCUGAUGAACAAAGAAAGAGAGAGGAAAGAAGAGAUCGAGAAAAGAGAAGAAAGGAAAAGGAUGAAGGAAUGCAACCCAGAAUGUAUGACUGUUCAUUUUUUGAGAGAGGUGCUAGAAAAAAUGGGCAAACCCUACAGCAAAAGCUGGAAAAAAACAGAAUCUUCUUUCAGAAAGUUAAGUGUUCGAAAACAUAUAGCAACUUUUCCGAUCUCUGUGAAUCGAAACGCCACUCAAAAACAGGAAAGUUUGAUUUCAAGGAAGGUGAUAGAAAAUUCGGAUGGCAAGGCCAACAUGCAGUCCCUCUGACGGUAACCACAAUGCAACAAUAUCCCUGAGGCAAGUCCCAGUUUCAACCCGUUGAGGCGCAAAAAGUUUUUCCACUUUUUGGUAAAAAUCAUUUCUGGAGGAUUCCAUCCAACGUGCUAAUCGUGAAAUGGCUGGACGGUAUACUUUGCCCUCCUGUAAGGACAGAAAUUCUGCAAUGUGAUACAAUUAACCCUUACACUUCACGUAAUUUGGACGGAUACAAUAAUCAAUUGCCGUGGCACAUUACUAAAGCCUUUUCUUGACUAACUGGACAUGAUUGAGGUGUUGGUGCACUAGCUGAUGCCGGUGUUGAUGGAAAGGCACUCUGUCUCGUCUUAGAGAAAAAUUCAGUCAUUUGGCGCCGUCCUGAAAUAAAAAACAGAAACCACUUUGUUACAGGAACCAACUUCGUAAGACGUUGUAGCUGAAUCCUGGUUAGCCCACGCAAAUGCUUAGAACUAGCAGUUAUCGCACAUACCCAAUUCUCAGUUAACUACUUUUUUUUGGGCGAAUUAACUUUUUCACUUUCCUACAGCGAAUAUUAUUCCGUCAUAACCCGAAUUUUCCUUCUUUCAGCAAGUCUAUCACUUUUGGGGGUUGGCCCUAAUAAAAUCAAGGUAUAAAUUUACAUGAACUCUACCACUAGUACAAUUUAUUAGUAACUGAAAAUAUAAGUCGUAUAGCCAUCAAUAUAACACCAGCCUAAUAGAUACCGACGCACCAGUCAUGAUCUCGUACUGAUCUUUCCGACAUGGUCAUGCAUGGUCACCUUUCUUGGCACUGUCACUCUCUCAUCGGAAUCGGUCUUGUGGUUAUCUGGUUGCUGUAUGUCCUGUUUUUAAUCCUUGCAAUCCACAGAUUGCAAAAGACGACGAGAAACAUUAUCAAUGCCAAAAUAUAGUCUUGUGCACAUAGUAAUAUAAGCUAAUGUGCCACCUGGUAAUCAGCAGGACAGAAAAAUGUCAGAAAACAGCAUUUCUGUUUGCAAAACUUUGUUGCUUUCAUUAACAUUAAUAUAAUAUCACUUAACUGUUAACUUUUCGUUUGUCAGUUAAGUACUAAUUUUUUGGCCUAUCAUCAGUUAACUGUUAACCCUAUUUGCACCCUCUUUAUUCGCUUACACGUGUGUUCAGGUCAAUUCCUCUACUUUUAUUCGAUGAUUUCCUUACUUUCGCCUGAAAGUGUCUGAUCAUCCGAAGGUGAGAAGUUUUUUUUUCAACUUUAUUUUGAAUUAUGCAAAUUCACAGCUCAAAUUCAAGAUACAGGCGUCGAGAUUUUGAAGAAUAACAUCUUCAUUUUCUAGAUUACAGUUGAAAUACUGGCCCAAAUUUGAUCAAUUGACUCAUUGUUAUACACUGUUUACUGUUCCACAUGUAGGCGACACUGGUAAAAACGAGGGAAAGCAGGAAGAAGUUGAAGUCACCCCAGUGUCAAUCGCACAUGAUGUAAGAAAAUGGCUGAGCGAUAACACGGUUUCGGUUGCCGUUUUUGCAAAGGAAGUCAUCAACCUAUCUCAAGGUACUCUGUCCUCGCUUCUCAAUGAGCCACCAGAGGCAUUUCCUUCAGGCGCUGGACGCGAGCCGUGGCAAAAAAUGAAGACAUUUCUGACGAGCCCUCAAGAGCGGCAAAAGCUAUCAGAUAUAAAAAUCAUGAAAGAUAAUAUAAUUUUUUUUACUGAGUUUUCAUUGCAUUUAAAGUAGAUCAUUUACUUAUUUAUUAUUAUCACUAUUUUUGUCUUUUCGGAAAGACUAUGUGACAAAACACUGGAUAAAAGCGGCAAUGUGGUCGCAGUUUCCUCACGGUGGUGAGGAACUUUCUUUUUUUCUUAUUCUACUUUGGUAGGGCAAAAGAAACCAAAUGAUGAUGCCGGCACCAGCCACUCUGAAACUUCUAAAAAACGGAAGGUUUUCCACAAAGUGGAAACUUCGUGCAUAGCUGUGCAUUGUGCGGUUUCGAAGGACUCGAACGGCCUGCCGUCUGCCAGCAUGACAGAACGGCUGGCAGAGUCGAUGGACUUGACAAAGAGACAGGUAAUAAAAAUGAUAAAGUUCUCACCUUUCGGUCUUGACAUUUUUAUGUUGUUUUCCUCGUCUAGUAUCCAUCCUGCUUUUAUUUGGUGGGUCUUUUCACCAGUGUGAGUAACCAAACGGCUUGAAAAUAAUUUUUGAAUUUUAACGUCGCUUGACAAGCCUCACACUUAGGGCUACUUUCAAAUUAUUUGCGAUGAAAUCGCCGAGUAUCCCAAGGAGUUUAGUUGUUCUUGAAUGGCAGUGAUACUCGUGUGAGGUGCGCAGUAUGUGGGAGAAAAGCUAAACAAUAAAGUGACCAGAAGGUGAAGUAACACAGUAAUCAACGUCAUUGCAAACGGAUGAAAUCGCCUAGCUUUCUAUUUACUUGACUGAGUUAGCACGCGGCCUGCACUGUACACGCUAGCAGCGGCUCUGUGUCAACGCCGAUUGUUUGUUAUGCUCUCCCGUGUGGCUCGAGGUCAUCUUUUUAAAAAAGAGGUGUGACAUUUUGCAGGAAAGUGUAAAAAGAAAACAGUUCUUGACUAGUGCUACUACUACUACUACUACUACUACGGUUCUUUACAUUUUUAUUUACUCCACAGGUUACCAUUUGGUUUUAGAACCAUCGCAGGCUGGCAAAAGAGGGAAAAUAUGUACCGGGACAGGACAGUCAGACAGCUGAAUCACAGUGAAUAA